UAGCGCCCACGUUCUUCUUCAACCUAUUGGCGGGAGUGAAUGAUGGAAGGGCAGGAGAACGUUUCUACGACAGCAGCUCCCUCCUCCGUGGCUCGGGAGGGGCUCCUUGUCCUCCCGACGUCGGAACACGUCAGCUUGCACCAGUCGCAGCUUGCUGCGGGAGCUCAGCAACAGGCGGUAGAGACGCAAAUACCCGCUUCAGCUGUCGGGCCUGUCAACAACAGGAGUGGUUUCUCGGCGGUGAACGUGGAGGCGGCAGCCGCUCUCAGCUGUCUCUCCUCUUACAACGAGAUAGUCGGGAAACUGAACAGAAUGUGGGAAGACCAGAUGACGGUCAUACGAAAUGUGGACGAUAGUCAUUGGAAAAAUCCCGAAUUCCCGCUGGCACGAAUCAAGAAGAUUAUGAGAAUGGACGAAGAAGUGAAGAUGAUCAGUUCUGAGGUUCCACUCAUGCUGUCGAAAGCGGUGGAGAUAUUUGUGACGGAGCUCACUCUCAGAGCAUGGCUACACACUGAGGAGUCAAAGAGAAGAACUGUGCAGAGAAGUGACAUAGCUUUGGCCAUCACAAAGCAGGACAUGUUUGAUUUUCUCAUUGACAUAGUCCCUCGCGAGGAAAUACAGCUCAAGUCCAAGACUCAGCCCAAGCAAGGGGAGAGUGACCAACUGCAGUUAUUGACUCCAGAGCUCCUGCAGCUUUACCUCCAACAUAUUUCACAACAACAACAACAACAACAAACAUCAACAAAUUCCACAACACAACAACCUCAACCGCAACAACAAACAACAACAACGACACCACCACCAGACAUCGCAGACACUAGUUCAGCUACAACAACUGCAGUCUUCACAACAACAAAAACAACAACAAGCACAACAACAAAUAAUCACCCAUCAACAACAACAACAACAGUUAGUCGAUACUCUGGUAGGAGACCUGGACGAAGCAAGUGUCAAAAUUUUCCAAGAUCUAUUGUAUUUCCUCAGAACGUGGCUCUACUCCAGCAGCUGCAGCAGUUGGUCCAGCUCCAGCUCCAGGUACAACAACUGCAAGAGGCCACCUCCGCCGGCUCCGCUGGGGACCACGCCCAGUCAGGGGGUGCCAGUAUCCACCUGCCUACCAGUGAACCCCUCACCCUUUCUCAUACGGCCAGUCAUGAGAUCCUAGUCAGCUCUGUACUCAAUCAACCACAACAGGUAAUGGAAACUACUGACAGUAUCCAUCGGGUGACCAUCAACGCAGCAAACGACAUGCUCAGUGACUCGGAGCUGCACUCUGCCAUUUCUUCUAUCUCCAGUAGCAGCAGAGAAAGUCUGAGACCAGCCUCCUCACUUCUCAGCUCCCUCCCUCCUUCCUCGUCCUCCUCCUCCUCCGCUUCGCAGCUCAGGAGAAGUAUGACUUCCGUUCCCAUGGUGAUCGAACCGGAGCUCGUUGAGACGGGGGCACUCGCCAAUUCCCCCUCUCCCUCAUCGUCUCACGAUCUCCUAGACGACAGCACCGCCGACUCGGCAACCCGCGGGCUGCUGGCUGGAGAGCAUGUCCCAACACAACCUGUCGCUUCCCACGGACAAAGCGUUCAAACUUCAUCCUCUGUUCCACUCACUGUUUCUAGUACUUCUGCUGACACUCUUACUCGCCAGGUCUCACAGGGAGGAGGGGGUGGAGGGACUGUUUCAACAGCUCAACUCCAGCAGUUGCACCACCAGUUGGAGCCCCAGAUCUCAAACAUUCUCUCGCAGACUGGAACAGAUGGUAGUGAUGAGCCGGAACAAUACAUCGUCCAGACUGCACCCCUUUUGGAGCUCGUUAGCAGUGCCCACACUGUCACUAUCCAUCCUACCAGUGCUGCCGGUGGCAACCUUACAAGUAUUGUCCAGACUGGAGCAGAGAUUCCUGUCGCCAUGAGCAACCAGCAGUCCAGUAGUACACUAACUCCAAUUAAUGCCGCCCUUGAUUCGUCUGAACAAUUUCUCUGUAGUAUCAGCACUGACGACUCUACUCCAAUGGAACAUUAGACCUCAUUUACAUGUACAUGAACAUUACUAUAAUUGGUGGGUAUAUUCCUCAUUUACAAUAAACGCGAGCCAAGCAUAUCUGCCAGUUUUGAAAAGUAGAAGGUGUGUAUCAUUCUGAAAAAGGAACAAACAAACAGGUAUUGAUAUAAUAAAGAGUUAAGACAAAUAUUUAAUUGUACUAAUAUGAAACGAAAAACGACUCCUAUCAAUAUUGAUGAUAUUGACUGCAGCUCUGAGGUGACAUAUGUCAAGUCUUGCCCAACGUGUAAGGACGAAACCGCAGGUUCCUAGCAGGUGGACUAGUCGUACUGGUUUCCAAAACCGGUUCAGAACCGGUCGCGGGGAGCUGGGUUAACCUUUUGACCCCGGAGGGAGGGCUGCAGUUGCCGUUGGCAACAACAACCUGACGACAGACUUUGGACCUGAUGAAUUGUUCAGAAUACUGAGAAACAUUUAGCGAACACGGGACAGCGUGGGACACCAUGGGAACACCAAAUUGCCCCUCUCGUCUCCUCAGGGUCAUGUGACUAGAAUGAGGUGUCACAUGAUCCUGAUGUGAUGUCAUGUGGUCUCCGGCAGCUCUUGAGUAGUGAGAACCUCUGUUAUUAGAGACAGGGGUGAGGGAGGAAGAAGAGGAGGAAGAGGAUGAUUCGGCAGUAGAUACGGGAUGAAGGGAUAGAGACACUCGGGGAAGAUGCUCUGACGAUAACGAGGGGGUGUGGUUGAAAGUGCUCUCGGGGAGAGAUGGGGGAGUUUGGUGGGUUUCGUGAUGAUGAGUGAGGAGGGAGGGCGGGGGAGGUGGGAG